AUAUCUCUAUGACCCCACUGACUGGAGAAUCAAAAUAUGAACCUGAAAGAUACCACACUGAUUCGAUGAUCCAAUUAUAAUCGCAUUAUUCAGUUUCUGCAUUUGCAUUAUUGACGCCCUCUUGAGUUAGCUACCGACACAGUAAAUCGCCUUUUUGGCUUUGCCUUUGACUUUGUUGGGUUUCAAGUGAUAAAAUGGGUCUAACGUUUGAUCUUCUUUGCUGAAAAAAAUUAGAGGAUAAUCUUUUAGAUCUAGCUGUUGUUAGAGUCAAUGUUCUCACAUCGCGGCUCAGCCCACAAGUCAACUUCAAGGAGUGUAGGCCACUGUUCAUGCUGUUCGAGGUUUGAGAAUUCGGACGACGAGCUUCCUACUUCUAGCCGGUACGGUACGAGGUUGAAAGGCCAGCUGCACCGCGUCUGUCGGGGUCAUGGAAGCAGGUGAGAAAUGUAAGAAUUGUGGAGCAUCGGCUGUUGUAGAGGAUGAAGGACAAGUUGUUUGUACAAACUGUGGCCAGGUCAAGGAGGACUCUGUAGCAUAUGUCAGAGAUGGGGAUUAUUUUGAACACACCCAAUCAUGUCACUCUGAAGGUUCAUUCAAACCUACAUUUGGAAAGCCGGACUUUCGCCUUGCAAACUCUACCAAUUACUUCAGAUCAGCUCUCAACCAAUGGACCAAGUACAUACAAACACUCUGUGAACGUAUGCAGAUCGCCAACAAAGAGAUGCAUACAGAAGCAGUGGAUUUUUUCAAAAGAGCCUUUCAGAUCACACAUUUCAAGCAAAUGCACAAGGAGGGUAAGAAAGCAACAUGUGCUUCCUGUUUGUACAUCACAUGCAGACUACAUGAUUGGCCCAUUAUGAUUAUUAACUUGGUGACUGUUACUGAUAUCCCUAGAGAUCUACUACUCUCCAUCAACAUGCAGCUGAUUAGAGCGUUGAAGAUUGAUAUACAAACAGUCAGCAUCGAAGAGUAUGUUCCUACAUGUUUGAGGGAACAUGGUGUGAGCGAUGACCGAUGGAAGGCAAAGACUCUGGAAGUGAUAUCCCUAGCCAAGGAACUGUGGUUGAACGCUGGUCGGCGCGUGGAUGCAUUGGUCUUGGCAUCCUGCUGCAUCGCCUGGCAGGCAUCUGCUCCUGCAAAUCACAAGCUAUCGAUGAAAGAGUUUGGGAGGUCCAUGUUGAACCAAAGGGUCCCGGAGCUGGUGAAGAUUCGAUACAGGGAACUGACAAACAUCCUGAGAAAGAUGGUUGUAAAGGUCCCCUGGGUGUCUAAGAUUAUUCUUAAGAAAUCAACAAGGUCCUGGAUGUAUUUCCUUGAUGAUAUUCUCAGGUUUAAGAAUAGUCUGCUAUCACACCUUGAACCACCAGAAGACAUGGAUGAUCUUGAAAACCAGGAGAAUAGCUUCAUUGUGAUGCCUCCUUCUUAUGCAGCAAGCUUGGAGAAUAGAAAGUUUGAGAAUCAGCAUGUAGAAGAAAGUAACUUUAUGAGGACGUCUGGACAUGAGAGUAGGGAAAGCAUGUAUGACCCAGAGCUGAAUGAAAAGGAUAUUCCAGAGUCUGAACUUAGUCAUUACAUCAAAACACCUAAAGAGAUUCAGCUAGUCAAAGACCUUGCAGUCAUUAGUGGUAUAGAUGUAUGAAAACUUUCUAUGCAUGUUAGAGUAAAGAAGGAGACCUCUUGCAGAUAUUUGUGCUAUGAGGCCCAUUGCAAUUUCAGAUUUUGAUUAGAAAGGCUUCUCAUCUUAUUUAUUAAAUUUUCUGUUUGUUUUUAAUUAUUUAUUACUUAUACAAAAAAUUAUUUAAUCUUGCCAGCUCUUCUUGUCCAUUGAAAUAAUGCAGAAAGGUUGUAAUAGAUGAGAAUCACCUUCAUUGAUAGUCUUUCUAAUUGAUAUUAUUUGAUUAAUGUGAACAGCGAAUGUUGUGUAUUCAGCAUAUCUUAAAAAAGAAAUAGAUUAAAAUAUGGUACAAGUUACAAGUAGAUUCUACUGACAUGAUAUGGGCACUCCAAUAAAUAGAAAAAAAAUAAGUGUUAACAAUGGUAACACUGGAGUGAUAAUUAAAAAUAACUCUCUCUCACAUAACUGAAUUUUGACAAAUCCUAUUCCCAAAUUCUUAUUUUGCGAAAUAUUAUAGUCGAUGUACCCUUCAAGUACAUUCUGGUAUCUCUAAAAUCAUAGAGACAGAGAUGAAAAAUAAAGUUUAUAAACUCAUGAAAUUGAAAUCGGUAAUGGUCUCAUACAUUUCCAUAAAGUACUAUCAUUCUUUAAAAAAAAUCAUUGCAAUCACAUACUUUUCAUAGCCACGUACAUGUAGCAGAAGCUAAUCUUUAAGUGUUAAUCUCAAAUUUUUUUGUCCACUGAAACCCUCUUAGGGAUGUGAAAACAGUAAUGAUUAGAAAAUUACUUACAGAUGUAUGCUAAUUUAUUCAUAAAUCACAGAAAAUGCCUCUUCUUUAUUUGUUGACUGAUUUUGAUUUUUUUUUCUUCCAUCUGGUAGAGAUGCAUGGGGUUCAUCAAACUUGUAUACAGAAUUCUGGAGAUUUUGACUAGAAAAUUAUUUAUGCUACAUAUACAUGUAGUUUAUGCAAAAUUCAUUCAUAUAUCACAAAAAAAUGCCUUUUCUCCUUCAUUUGUUGAUCAAUUUCAAUUUUGUUUGCUUUAUAUGAAAGCUCUAAGUGGGGAUACAAAAUUUCUCCGCAAAAUUUUGAAAGUUAUUAAAUAUGCUAAUUUAUGCAUAUUUGUCAAAACUCACAAAAAAUGCUUACUUAUUCAUUGACUGAUUUUGAUUUUGUUCCAUCUGAGAGCUACAUGAGGUUCACCAAGGUUCUACACAGAAUUUAGAAAUUUUAACUAGAACAUUAUUUAUGCCAAUUUAUUAGAUAUUUAUUCGUAAAUCACAAAAAAAUGCUUUCUUCAUCAAUUUCAAUUCUGUUUCCUCAAUUUAUGCCACCAAUAUAAUUCUUUACAGCGUCAACUGGGCUGAAAAAAAAUGUGCUAAAUUUCAUUGCAAGAUGCCGGAUAGCUCCACAUCAUUUAUGUGCUAGUUAAUUUUUAAUGAUUUAUUAACAUCAGAUGUCGGUGAAAAAGUCAUGUUUGGAAACAUGCUAACUUCAAGUGAUUGCAUCUAGUACGUCUUUGAUUCAAGCAGGUGGCAGUGAUCAAUAUUUAAUUCUUGUACACAUAAACUUAAGCUCAUACAUAUUUAGGAAGAUUGAUGAAAUACUGUACAUGUGUUUUCUCAUGUUGCCAUAAAUAUCAGUGUGUUUCUCACCAAGUGCAAUUAUUAUUUGAAAUAUUAAAGAUAAUAAUUGUGAUCUUAA